CACAUAAGGGAGUUUAUUAAGCAAACAAAGUGUCUCCCUGCAGGAUUCAUCAGGAUUCAUUUUGAUUUACAGUCCAAUACUGUACUGGCCCAGGGAGGUACUUUUGAGAACAUGAAAGAAAAGAUAAAUGCAGUGCGUGCAAUAGUUCCCAAUAAGAGCAACAAUGAGAUCAUCCUGGUUUUGCAGCAUUUUGAUAAUUGUGUGGACAAAACAGUUCAAGCAUUUAUGGAAGGGAGUGCCAGUGAAGUACUCAAAGAAUGGACAGUAACAGGCAAGAAAAAGAACAAAAAGAAGAAAAGCAAACCAAAAUCUACAGCCGAAGCAAGUAACAGUAUCCCAGAUUCCAGUAAAUCGGUUUCCAUUCAAGAGGAGCAGUCUGUGCCUUCCUCAGGAAAAGGUGGCAUUAAUGGUUACCAUGUCAAUGGUGCCAUCAAUGAUGCAGAGUCUGUGGACUCACUCAGUGAAGGUUUGGAGACACUUUCAGUAGAUGCCAGAGAACUAGAAGAUCCUGAGUCUGGUUUGCCAGAUACACUGGAUAGAACAGGAUCCGUACUGGAGAAUGGUGUCUCUGACUUUGAGUCCAGGUCUUCAACUGUACACCCUAUUCAGAAUGCCCAACAUUCCAGGAAUGCUGCCAAAUCUCUCUCAAGAUCCACCACAGGACCUCAGUUUUCCAGUCUGGGAAUGGAGGACAUUCCACUCUCCUCCACCAAUAAAAAACUUGGUUCCAAUAUUGAAAAAUCUGUAAAAGACCUCCAGCGCUGCACAGUCUCUCUUGCACGGUAUCGAGUUGUAGUUAAAGAAGAGAUGGAUGCUUCCAUUAAGAAAAUGAAACAAGCUUUUGCUGAACUGCAAAGUUGGUAUUCCAAAUGCUGCUACAAUUCUUGGAGCAAAAUAUUGCCAAGUUUAAUGGAUCGAGAAGUGGCAUUGCUUGCUGAAAUGGAUAAAGUGAAAGCUGAAGCAAUGGAAAUUUUGCUUAGCCGACAAAAGAAAGCUGAACUUCUAAAGAAGAUGACUGAUGUGGCUGUGCGAAUGUCAGAGGAGCAAUUGGUCGAGCUCAGAGCUGAUAUCAAACACUUUGUUAGUGAACGUAAAUAUGAUGAGGAUCUGGGACGAGUAGCCCGAUUCACCUGUGAUGUAGAGACUCUAAAGAAGAGCAUUGAUUCCUUUGGACAAGUGUCCCAUCCAAAGAACAGCUAUUCAAACAGAUCACGAUGUAGCUCAGUUAUAUCUGUGUCCUUGAGUGACCCAAGUGAUGCCUCUGCUGCUUCCUCUUCGACCUGUGCCUCUGCUGCCAGCCUUACAGGUGCUAACAAGAGAAAUUCAGCACCAGGAGAGACUCCUACAGCCAACAGCAGCCAACCCUACCAGCCUCAUCGGGAGGUAUUGUCGGGGAACAGACGAGGAGGACAAGGCUUCAGGCCUCAAGGCCAAAAGUCCAGUGACCCUAUGAGCCAAGGGCGACAUGACAGUAUGGGUCGUUACAGAAAUAGCUCCUGGUAUUCAUCUGGUUCUAGGUAUCAGAGUGCUCCACCCCAGGCACCUGGAAACACUAGUGAGUGGGGCCAGGCUCACUCUGCAGGGACCAAUGGAACUGGAGCCAGCAUGGAGGCUUGUCCACCCAAGCCCUCAUUCAAAAAGGGGCUCCCCCAGCGCAAACCCAGGACCUCUCAGCCUGAAGCUAUGAACUCUUGAGAGAAAUUCCAAUUGGCCUUUCUUCUGUAUCCCACUUAAUUCAACCUGAUAACUGGACUUUAGAAAACUUAUAGUUAGAUUUAAUAACAAAAAGAAGUUUAUGCAUAUCACUUUUUGUGCCAUUCUAAAUAUUUUUUUGUUUAUUCUCUCCUUAUUUCCUCAUUAUCGUUUUUGGAGGGGAACUGUUUUUUUUCCUCUGACCUUUCCCAGUGAUAUGGACUGAUUUUGAUUGGUCAUGUCCACCAGGAAUCAGGGGCAACUAUUUCCCUGCUUCCCAAGAGUAAGCAACAUUCUUCCCAGUACACCAAGUCUUCCAACUGCCUGAAGAGGCCUUGUUCAGCAAGUCCCCAUUGUUGAGACUAUCUCAGGAGAAAGUGGAUUAGAGCUAGUCCUGUCAUCAUUUCAUUCUAAGUGGAAGCCACAGGUGCCUGCCAGGUUCCCUCCAAAUAACAGUUUAACCAGAAGAGGCAAUUGAGGGGAUUGUGUACCACACUGGAUUAGCCAGAAAAGGGAAAUGUUAAUUGGUGAAAAGGAGAGAACACUAGGAAACAUUUGAGAAUCUGCCUCUAUCAGAUUGUGCCUGAGAUUUGACGCUUGAAUCAGGGUCUCAGUCCCCUGCUUGGCACCAUAGCUUAAUUGCAGUUUCUUCAAAAUGCCCAAAGCCUUGUUCCUGGUACUUGGCUGUACUUUAGACUGUAAACCAGUCUAAGGAAGUCUAUGGAAAGUAGCAUUUAAUUAAAGUUUUUUUUAAGUUUAAAAAAAGACAUUUCUUCAUUUCAGUGUUUGAGGAUUUUUUUAAAUGAAUGUUCUCCCCCUUUACUGAAUCCUGUUCUGAUCCUGAACCAAAUUUAUAGAAAUAUAAUUGGUAUUAAUCUAUGGUAUUACCCAUCAAAAAAUUGUUGCAGUCAAUCUUUAUAGAUAAAUAAAUUAAAACAGCUGCAUAAAUGUUCCCACAUUUGUUUCAUAGCAGCAAGAAAUUUCAUUUCAGUAUCUUUCUCUUUGGGCUCCUUGGGGUAGAAGUCACUUGGACUGCUUGUUCUGUGUUAAAUGAAGGGGUUUGAUUCUCAAGUCAUUUGUCCACUGCUGCUUAGCUUUAGGAUCAAAUUAAAAUGUGAAAGCCAGGAUAAGCAAAUGCAGCUGUUCCUUGUGAGAAAGGAUCCAUACGAUAGAGAGUGGUGACUUGGCAAAGGAGGACUUAGCAGGUUAGAAAAACCACAGCUGCCAGCCACUCUACUCUCCCAGGCAAUCAAAGGUUAUAUUGGCACCCCUUUCUCUGCCUCCCUGUCCCUGGACAGGGGUAGUGAAUUUAAUUGUAUAAUUGAACUCCUGUGUAUAGCAGGUAGCGCUGGUGCUGGGCCCCUCCAAUCCACCCCACCCCCAGCAUCUGUGAUUUAAUAAGAGUUUUCCUUCCUCCCACGUGUGUCUCCCAAGCUCAGGCUGUAAGUGGCAGUGGUGCAGAACUUAGCUGCCUCAGGGCUUUCCAUGGUUCUUGUGGUUGAAGCUGAACUGCCAGGGUUCAGGUUGGUUGAACAGAUUGAAAAAGAGCGCAUGUGUGUGGGUGGGUGUGUCUUUGGGUAAAGAAAACAGUAGUCAAGGAAUACUGGGGAAACCAUUUCCAAGGGACUGAUCACCUCAUUUUGGGGAAUUUGUCCAACACCAUAAGCUGCUAGGUGUUAGGAAAAAACCCUGCUCUCCUGAUUAAUUGCUUGCCUAUAUUUUUUAGUAAAUCUAAAGAUUGAGGCAACCUUGAAAGAUUAAGAAACCUAUCCCUGAAUCCAGGCAAGACUGCAUUUAACCACUUGAACAGAUGGGAAUGAACAUAUUUGUCAAAACUGCCUUGACAUUGAAAUUAAAAUCUCCUUAUAAAAAAUUUGAAGAUUUUUGAUGACCAUAAAAACUUUGAAAAUUAUGAGGUUUUCCCCACUGUUUUGUUUUAAAUUUUAAAAGGUAGUAUUUAAAAUACC